AUGGGAUCAGAGAUUAGUUCAGUUCCACUUCUGACUGAAAGAAUGACAGUUACAAGCAUGGGUGGUACAGAAACUGCAAGCAUUCCUGAUACCACUGGCACAGGAGUAAAGACUAGCUCAAGUCCUUAUCUGGUUGAGAGUUCAACUACACUUCCCAGUACAAAUGGAUCCGCUGGAACUACACCCUUGCCGGACACCACCCGCACAGGGGUAGGGGUAAGCCCACGUUCCUCGCUGACUGAAAAUCCAGCUACAGUACCUGCCAGCAUCAUAACUGGAACUACAUCCUUCCCUGCCAUCACUGGUAUCAGAACAGAAAAAACCUCAGCUCCAUUUCUGAAUGAAAGUACAACCUCUGUUGCCACAAAGGCCAUCACAGAUACUAGACCCUUUCCAGACACUACUCCCUUUUCAGACACCUUCCCUUUGGGACCAGAAACAAGUUCAGCUCUAUUUCUGACUGACAUUACAACUGAAGCACACAGCAGGUCUGUAACAGGAAUGACGCCCUUUCCGCAAACCAUUGGCAAAGGAGCCGAGACUAGUUCAUUCCCCUUUCUGAGUGAAAGUAAAACUACAGUCCCCAGCAGAGCGAUAGCAGAAACUACACUCCUUGUUCAGGACACCAUCAGUGUGGGAACCAGAUCCAGUUCAACUCCGUUUCUGUUGGAAAGUUCAACUGCAGCUUCCAGUGGGCCUGUGAUGGGAACUCAACCUUUUCCUGACACCACCCACACAGCAACCGAGACACACUUUGUUUCCCUUCUGACAAACAGUCCAGCUUCCAGAACCAGCAGGGUGGGAACGGAAACUGCGCUCUUACCAGACACCACUAGCACAGGAUUUGUGACAAUCUCCAUUUCCAGUCUGCCUGAAAAGCCUUCCACUAGCGAGGCUGUUACUGGGACUACAUCCUUCUCUGACACGGAAGCAGAGCUCAGUUCAGUUUCGGUUCCUCCUGAACACCAGAUGACCAUCCCUAGCGGAGCUGCAACAGGAACUACACCCAUUUCCGACAAAAAAAGCUUGGGACCAGAGAAGAGUUCAGUUCCACUUCUGACUGAAAGUACAAGUACAACUCCCAGCACUGUUGUAAUGCGAACGACACCCUUUCCUGACACCUCCCACUCCAUAGUUGAUACAAGCUCAAUUCCAGUUCUGGCUGAAAUUACAACUAAAUUCCACACGAGGUCUGUAACAGGAAUUACUCCAUUUUCAGUCACCACUAUCAUGGGAUCAGAGACAAAUUCAGUUCCACUUCUGACUGAAAGAACAACAGUUACUAGCAGGGGUGGUACAGAAACUGCAAGCAUCCCUGAUACCACUGGCACAGGAGUAAAGACUAGCUCAAGUUCAUAUCUGAUUGAGAGUUCAACUUCACCCCAGAGGAUUGCUGGAUCUAUUGCAACUACACCCUUGCCUGACACCACCCACACAGGAGUACUGGUAAGCUCACAUUCCUCUCUGACUGAAAACCCAGCUACAGCACCUGCCAGCACUGUAAGCGAAAGUACAUCUUUCCCUGCCAUCACUGGCACCAGAACAGAAAAAACCUCAGUUCUAUUUCUGAAUGAAAGUACAACUUCUGUUCCCACAAAGGCUAUAACGGAUACUAGACCCUUUACAGAUACUACACCCCUUUCAGACACCUUCCCUUUGGGUCCAGAAACAAGUUCAGCUCCAUUUCCAACUGAUAUUACAACUGAAGCACACAGCAGGUCUGUAACAGGAACGACACCCUUUCCACAAACCAUUGACAAGGGAGCCGAGACUAGUUCAUUCCCCUUUCUGAGUGAAAGUAAAACUACAGUCCCCAGCAGAGCGAUAACAGAAACUACACUCCUCAUUCAGGACACCAUCAGUGUGGGAACCAGAUCCAGUUCAACUCCAUUUCUGCUGGAAAGUUCAACUGCAGGCUCCAGCAGGCCUGUGAUGGGAACUCAACCUUUUCCUGACACCACCCACAUAGCAACCGAGACACACUUCAUUUCCCUUCUGACGAACAGUCCAACUCCCAGAACCAGCAGGGUGGGAACAGAAACUGCACACUUACCAAACACCACUAGCACCGGAUUUGUGACAAUCUCCAUUUCCAGUCUGCCCGAAAAGCCUUCCACUAGUGAGGCUGUUACAGGGACUACAUCCUUCCCUGACACGGGAGCAGAGCUCAGUUCAGUUUCUGUUCCUCAUGAAAACCAGACUACCAUCCCAAGCGGAGCUGCAACAAGAACUACACCCAUUUCUGACAAAACAAGCUUGGGACCAGAGAAGAGUUCAGUUCCACUUCUGACUGAAAGUACAAGUACAACUCCCAGCACUGUUGUAAUGCAAACGACACCCUUUCCUGACAUCCCCCACUCCAUAGCUGAUGCAAGCUCAAUUCCAGUUCUGACUGAAAUUACAACUAAAUUCCACACGAGGCCUGUAACAGGAAUUACUCCAUUUUCAGUCACCACUGGCAUGGGAUCAGAGACAAAUUCAGUUCCACUUCUGACUGAAAGAACAACAGUUACAAGCAUGGGUGGUACAGAAACUGCAAGCAUCCCUGAUACCACUGGCACGGGAGUAAAGACUAGCUCAAGUUCAUAUCUGAUUGAGAGUUCAACUUCACCCCCGAGGAUGGCUGGAUCUAUUCGAACUACACCCUUGCCUGACACCAGCCACACAGGAGUAAGCUCACAUUCCUCUCUGACUGAAAAUCCAGCUACAGUACCAGCCAGCACUGUAACCGGAAGUACAUCUUUCCCUGCCCUCACUGGCUCCAGAACAGAAAAAAGCUCAGCUCCAUUUCUGAAUGAAAGUACAACCUCUGUCCCCACAAAGGCCAUCACAGACACUAGACCCUUUCCAGACACUACUCCCUUUUCAGACACCUUCCCUUUGGGACCAGAAACAAGUUCAGCUCCAUUUCUGACUGACAUUACAACUGAAGCACACAGCAGACCUGUAACAGGAACGGCACCCUUUCCGCAAACCAUUGGCAAGGGAGCCGAGACUAGUUCAUUCCCCUUUCUGAGUGAAAAUAAUACUACAGUCCCCAGCAGAGCGAUAACAGAAACUACACUCCUCGUUCAGGACACCAUCAGUGUGGGAACCAGAUCAAGCUCAACUCCAUUUCUGUUUGAAAGUUCAACUGCAGCCUCCAGUGGGCCUGUGUUGAGAACUCAACCUUUUCCUGACACCACCCACAUAACAACUGAGACGCACUCCGUUUCCCUUCUGACGAACACUCCAACUUUAAGAACCAGCAGGGUGGGAACGGAAACUACACUCUUACCAGGCACCAAGAGCACAGGAUUUGUGACAAUCUCCAUUUCUAGUCUACCUGAGAAGCCUUCUGCUAGCGAGGUUGUUACAGGGACUACAUCCUUCCCUGACACAGAAGCAGAGCUCAGUUCAGUUUCUGUUCCUCCUGAGAACCAGACUACCAUCCCAAGCGGAGCUGCAAAAGGAACUACACCCAUUUCCGAUAAAACAAGCUUGGGACCAGAGAAGAGUUCAGUUCCACUUCUGACUGAAAGUACAAGUACAACUCCCAGCACUGUUGUAAUGCAAACAACACCCUUUCCUGACAUCUCCCACUCCAUAGCUGAUACAAGCUCAAUUCCAGCUCUGACUGAAAUUACAACUGAAUUCCAUACGAGGCCUGUAACAGGAAUUACUCCAUUUUCAAUCACCACUGGCAUGGGAUCAGAGACAAAUUCAGUUCCACUUCUGACUGAAAGAACAACAGUUACUAGCAGGGGUAGUACAGAAACUGCAAGCACCCCUGAUACCACUGGCACAAAAGUAAAGACUAGCUCAAGUCCAUAUCUGAUUGAGAGUUCAACUGCAUCCCCCAGGAUGGCUGGAUCUAAUGGAACUACAUCCUUGCCUGACACCACCCACACAGGAGUACUAGUAAGCUCACAUUCCUCUCUGACUGAAAAUCCAGCUACAGUACCUGUCAGUAUCGUAACUGGAAGUACAUCCUUCCCUGCCAUCACUGGCAUCAGAACAGAAAAAAGUUCAGCUCCAUUUCUGAAUGAAAGUACAACCUCUGUCCCCACAAAGGCCAUCACAGAUACUAGACCCUUUCCAGACACUACUCCCUUUUCAGACACCUUCCCUUUGGGACCAGAAAGAAGUUCAGCUCCAUUUCUGACUGACAUUACAACUGAAGCACACAGCAGGCCUGUAACGAGAAUGACGCCCUUUCCGCAAACCAUUGGCAAAGGAGCCGAGACUAGUUCAUUCCCCUUUCUGAGUGAAAGUAAAACUACAGUCCCCAGCAGAGCGAUAACAGAAACUACACUCCUUGUUCAGGACACUAUCAGUGUGGGAACCAGAUCCAGUUCAACUCCGUUUCUGUUGGAAAGUUCAACUGCAGCUUCCAGUGGGCCUGUGAUGGGAACUCAACCUUUUCCUGACACCACCCACACAGCAACCGAGACACACUUUGUUUCCCUUCUGACAAACAGUCCAACUUCCAGAACCAGCAGGGUGGGAACGGAAACUGCACACUUACCAAACACCACUAGCACCGGAUUUGUGACAAUCUCCAUUUCCAGUCUGCCUGAAAAGCCUUCCACUAGUGAGGCUGUUACAGGGACUACAUCCUUCCCUGACACAGAAGCAGAGCUCAGUUCCAUUUCUGUUCCUCAUGAAAACCAGACUACCAUCCCAAGCGGAGCUGCAACAAGAACUACACCCAUUUCCGAUAAAACAAGCUUGGGACCAGAGAAGAGUUCAGUUCCACUUCUGACUGCAAGUACAAGUACAACUCCCAGCACUGUUGUAAUGCAAACAACACCCUUUCCUGACAUCCCCCACUCCAUAGCUGAUACAAGCUCAAUUCCAGCUCUGACUGAAAUUACAACUGAAUUCCACACGAGGCCUGUAACAGGAAUUACUCCAUUUUCAAUCACCACUGGCAUGGGAUCAGAGACAAAUUCAGUUCCACUUCUGACUGAAAGAACAACAGUUACUAGCAGAGGUAGUACAGAAACUGCAAGCACCCCUGAUACCACUGGCACAGGAGUAAAGACUAGCUCAAGUCCAUAUCUGAUUGAGAGUUCAACUGCAUCCCCCAGGAAGGCUGGAUCUAAUGGAACUACAUCCUUGCCUGACACCACCCACACAGGAGUACUAGUAAGCUCACAUCCCUCUCAGACUGAAAAUCCAGCUACAGUACCAGCCAGCAUUGUAACUGGAAGUACAUCCUUCCCUGCCAUCACUGGUACCAGAACAGAAAAAAGUUCAGCUCCAUUUCUGAAUGAAAGUACAACCUCUGUCCCCACAAAGGCCAUCACAGAUACUAGACCCUUUCCAGACACUACUCCCUUUUCAGACACCUUCCCUUUGGGACCAGAAAGAAGUUCAGCUCCAUUUUUGACUGACAUUACAACUGAAACACACAGCAGGCCUGUAACGGGAAUGACACCCUUUCCGCAAACCAUUGGCAAAGGAGCCGAGACUAGUUCAUUCCCCUUUCUGAGUGAAAGUAGAACUACAGUCCCCAGCAGAGCGAUAACAGAAACUACACUCCUCAUUCAGGACACUAUCAGUGUGGGAACCAGAUCCAGUUCAACUCCGUUUCUGUUGGAAAGUUCAACUGCAGCUUCCAGUGGGCCUGUGAUGGGAACUCAACCUUUUCCUGACACCACCCACACAGCAACCGAGACACACUUUGUUUCCCUUCUGACAAACAGUCCAACUUCCAGAACCAGCAGGGUGGGAACGGAAACUACACUCUUACCAGACACCACGAGCACAGGAUUUGUGACAAUCUCCAUUUCCAGUCUGCCUGAAAAGCCUUCUACUAGUGAGGUUGUUACAGGGACUACACCCUUCCCUGACAUGGGAGCAGAGCUCAGUUCAGUUUCUGUUCCUCCUGAGAACCAGACUACCAUCCCAAGCAGAGCUGCCAAAGGAACUACACCCAUUUCCGAGAAAACAAGCUUGGGACCAGAGAAGAGUUCAGUUCCACUUCUGACUGAAAGUACAACUCCCAGCACUGCUGUAAUGCAAACGACACCCUUUCCUGACACCUCCCAUUCUAUAGCUGAUACAAGCUCAAUUCCAGUUCUGACUGAAAUUACAACUAAAUUCCACACGAGGGCUGUAACAGGAAUCACUCCAUUUUCAGUCACCACUGUCAUGGGUUCAGAGACAAAUUCAGUUCCACUUCUGACUGAAAGAACCACAGUUACUAGAAGAGGUGGUACAGAAACUGCCAGCAUUCCUGACACAUUUCUGACUCAAAGUACAAGUACAGCCCUCAGCAAGGAAUUCGUUGAAACCACACCCUUUCCUGACACUUCCCCCUUCCUAGCGGGAACAAGUCCAGUUCCUGUUCUGACUGAAAUUAUAACAAAUGUCCAGAGCAGGAGUCCUGUAACGGGUCCCACAGUCUUUUCUGACACCACCCAUGUGUUAUCAGCUGCUCCAUCGCCUGCUGGUCUCAGUGGAGGAACUGUCGCAGUCACAGGGUCUGCCUUGACCACCCCCACAGAAGCCACUACAGUUGCCCUGGGCUAUGGCACAGAGUUAGAGAGCAGCCCAGUUGUGCCAACUUCCCCUGUGACCCAUCUUCAAGAAGAUACCUUAGCCUCAUCCGUCCCAAAGACAUCAACUGAUGCAAGCCUGGCAGCCUCCAGCCCUACUUCAACAGCAUAUCCCACUGAAAACACAAGUGCAAUGUUCACACUUAAUAUAGCUGCCACCAGCCCUGUCACAACUCCCAUCUCUACACUUGCUGAAUCCAUGAGUGUCUCGGGUUCCUUCACACCUGGAACAGAGACCAGUUCUACUACCCUCAUUCCCACUACCUUGGUUGAGACUUCACUUGGGUCUUCUGCCAGAACAGAGUUUGGCCAAACACCCUAUUCCCCGUCAACUCUAUCCCCAUCGUCCCCGGUCCAGUUCCCUGGUUUUGAGUCAGGGACAAGUCAGGUGACCCCUCCGGCUACCAUGCCAGGGAUGACAUCCAGGACAGUGGGCACCACCACUGACCUAGAGAGAAGCCCAACUGACACUGCCAGUGGAAUCGACAGUACUGUUGAAUCAGAAACCAGCCCAACUGUGACUCCGACACACACUCUCGCAGAGACCACUGUUCUCGGGACCGGCUUCUCUUCUACCUCCAGUACCACCCUGGUCACAAGCACAGAGAAUGUAGUUGUGCCCAUCACAAAGAUCCCAGACCAACAGCCAGGUGUUGGGAAUAGCACCAUCAUAUCCACACCAACCAGCACUCCUUCUCCAACAACAAUUGGCCUUAGCACAAGGCCGUAUACAUCAAGAACCACGGAGACCACUCUAGGACCCACCAAACAUACUAUCAGUACUCUGGGUCCCAAGACUGCUGCAGGAUCCACAUCUGUGCCUCCUCCUCCUCUUCCUCCUACUGCUACUACUACUAUUACUACUGCUGCUACUACUACUGCUACUACUACUACUACAACUACUCCUAGGACUCCAGCUGAGACCUCCAGGGUCACCAGCUCUUCAUCACUGGUCGCCUCAGUUCAUUCGACUUCCUCUGCUCCACUUCAAACGACAGGUCCACAGGAGACCAGUGCCAGAAGAGAGACCAGCACAGCUUCAACUCCCAUUAUAACUCCAGUUGAGACCACAAUUACUCCUGGACUCAGCACAGGCUCAGAGACCAGUUCGGUUGCCCCCCUGACCGCUACUCCAGCCAAGACCCCCAUUGUAACCAACACAAGCCUCGAUUCCACCACAACACAGAGCGCUGGUGAAGGAACCAAGCCAUCCUCAGUGGCCCCGAUGACCACAACUCCAGUCAACGACCUGGAGUGUUUCACCCUGAACUUCACCCUAACCAACCUGCACUACACGACAGACAUGGGGGUCCCAGGCUCCCAGAAAUUCAACAGAGCAGAAAGAGUCCUGCAGCGUCUGCUCGACCCUUUGUUCAAGAAGAGCAGCAUCGGCUCUGGCUACUCUGGCUGCAAAGUGACCAGGCUUCGGUCGGUGAAGAACAGGGCGGAAAGUGGUGUGGAUGCCAUCUGCACCUACAGGAAAGGCCCCGCCAUCCCCAGAUUGGACCAAGAGAAGGUUUACCGCGAGCUGAGCCGCCUGAUGAGUGGGAUCACCAGGCUGGGCCCCUACAUCCUGGACAGGGACAGUCUCUAUCUCAAUGGCUGCAAUGAAUGGGCACCUGUCCACCUCACAACCACUUCUGUGUCGUCCCUGUCCAAAGCCACACCAAUAUCCACAUCCACCGUGUCUCCGACAUCAAUCCCAAGCACAACUCCUGUGGUGCCAACGUCAAAAUCUACAUUCAGGUUCACAACCACACUGUCUCCAACACCAACUCCCAGCCCAAACUUGGAGCAUUUCUCCCUGAACUUCACUACAACCAACCUGCACUACACAGCAGAUAUGGGGGUCCCAGGCUCCCGGAAAUUCAACACCACAGAAAGAGUCCUGCAGCAUCUGCUCGACCCUUUGUUCAAGAAGAGCAGCAUCGGCUCUGGCUACUCUGGCUGCAAAGUGACCAGGCUGCGGUCAGCGAAGAAUGGGGUGGAAAGUGGGGUGGAUGCCGUCUGCACCUUCAGAAAAGGCCCCACCAUCCCCAGCUUUGACCGAGAGAAGGUUUACCACCAGCUGAGCCUCCUGACAAGUGGAAUCACCAGGCUGGGCCCCUAUGUCCUGGACAGGGACAGUCUCUACAUCAAUGGAUACAAUGAAAGGACACCUGUCCAUCCUACCAUGGCUCCUGUGGCACCAACAUCAAAAUCCACAUUCAGAUCCACAACCACCCUGUCUCCAACACCAAGCCCCAGCCCAGACUUGGAGCAUUUCUCCCUAAACUUCACCAUGACCAACCUGCGCUACACAACAGAUAUGGGGGUCCCAGGCUCCCGGAAAUUCAACACUACAGAAAAAGUCCUGCAGCAUCUGCUCAACCCUUUAUUCAAGAAGAGCAGCAUUGGCUCCGGCUACUCUGGCUGCAAAGUGACCAGGCUGCGAUCGGUGAAGAAUGGGGUGGAAAGUGGGGUCGAUACCAUCUGCAUCUACAGCAAAAGCUUCCCCACCACCAGAUUGGACAGAGAGGAGGUUUACCAUGAGUUGAGCCGCCUGACCAGUGGGAUCACCAGGCUGGGCCCCUACAUCUUGGACAAGGACAGUCUCUAUGUCAAUGGCUACAAUGAACGGGCAGCUGUUCACCCCACAGUGGCUCCCGUGGCAUCCACAUUAAAAUCCACAUCCAGAUUUACAACCAUGCUGUCUCCAAGAUCAAGCCCCAGCCCAAACUUGGAGUAUUUUAUGUUGAACUUCACCAUAACCAACCUGCGCUACACAGCAGACAUGGGGGUCCCGGGCUCCUGGAAAUUCAGCACCUCAGAAAGAGUCCUGCAGCGUCUGCUUGACCCUUUGUUCAAGAAGAGCAGCAUCGGCUCCAGCUACUCUGGCUGCAAAGUGACCAGGCUGUGGUCGGUGAAGAACGGGGCAGAAAGUGGUGUGGAUGCCAUCUGCACCUACAGGAAAGGCCCUACCAUCCCCAUAUUGGACCGAGAGAAGGUUUUCCGCGAGCUGAAUCUCCUGACGAGUGGGGCCACCAGGCUGGGCCCUUAUGUCCUGGACAGGGACAGUCUCUACAUCAAUGGAUACAAUGAGUGGACACCUGUCCAUCCCACGAUGGCUCCUGUGGUGCCAAUGUUAAAAUACACAUCCAAGUCCACAACCACACUGUCUCCCACAUCAAGCCCCAGCCCAAACUUGCAGAGUUUCACCUUGAACUUCACCAUAAGCAACCUGCACUACAUGGCAGAUAUGGGUGUCCCAGGCUCCCAGAAAUUCAACACCAUGGAAAGAGUCCUGCAGCGUCUGCUCGACCCUUUGUUCAAGAAGAGCAGUGUCGGCUCCGGCUACUCCGGCUGCAAAGUGAUCAGGCUGUGGUCGGUGAAGAACAGGGCGGAAAGUGGGGUAGAUGCCACCUGCACCUACAGGAAAGGCCCCGCCAUCUCCAGAUUGGACCGAGAGGAGGUCUACCGUGAGCUGAGUAGCCUGACUAGUGGGAUCACCAAGCUGGGCCCCUACGUCCUGGACCGGGGCAGUCUCUACGUCAACGGCUACAAUGAAUGGACACCUGUCCAUCCUGUAAUGGCUCCUGUGGUGCCAACGUCAAAAUCCACAAUCAGGUCCACAACCACACUGUCUCCAAAUCAAAGACCCAGCCAAGAUUUGGAGCGUUUCUCCCUGACCUUCACCAUAACCAACCUGCGCUGCACAGCAGACAUGGGGAGCCCGGGGUCCUGGAAAUUCAACACCACAGAAAAAAUCCUGCAGCGUUUGCUCGACCCUUUGUUCAAGAAGAGCAGUGUGGGCUCUGGCUACUCUGGCUGCAAAGUGACCAGGCUGCGGUCGGUGAAGAAUGGGGUGGAAAGUGGGGUGGAUAUCGUCUGCAGCUACAGAAAAGCCCCCACCACCCCCAGAUUUGACCGAGAGAAGAUUUAUCACGAGCUGAGCCGCCUGACGAUUGGGAUCACCAAGCUGGGCCCCUACAUCCUGGACAGGGACAGUCUCUAUGUCAAUGGCUACAAUGAAUGGACAGCCGUCCGCCCUACGAUCGAACUGAAGGCAGAGAUUCAGCCUGAGACAAAUAAGCCUCAAAACUUCCGACUGUACUUCACCAUCAUCAACCUCACAUAUUCCUCCGACCUGAAAACCCCCAACUCUGAGGCAUUUCAGAAGAACAAAGAGAAUAUCGAGAGAGUGCUCAACACAGUCUUCAGAAACAGUAGCCUUGGAAUAUAUUUUUCCAACUGUCAAAUCCAGGAUUUCAAGCCUGUUCCUCCAGGCAGAAAUACAGGUGUAGAUGCCAUAUGCCACUUCAGCUGGAGCCCUGUGUCCAGAAGCUUUGACAAAGUUGCUGUAUAUAAGGAAUUCAUCCAGCUGACCAACAAUGGCACCAUGCUGAAGGACUUUGCCCUAGACCAAGACAGUCUGCUUGUAAAUGAGUAUACUCCCAAAAGGACUGGGGAAGUGACAGAGAACUCUGACCUGUCUUUUUGGGCCAUCAUCCUCAUUUGCCUGGCUGUCCUCCUGGGACUGAUCAUCAUCUUAUUUUGCUGCUUCCUGGUCACCCUGUGUCUGCGGAAGAAGGAAGGCAGUUAUCAAGUCCAGCAGAUCCAGCAGCAGGAUAUGGGCUGUUACUUUCCUCACUUGGAUAUGAGAAAAAUGUAGUGAGAGGCUUCCAAGAACAGCAGGCCUCUAGAAGCUGCCUCUUUCCCAUCACCCGGAGUCCAAAACCCCUGAAAAACACUUUAACUCUGCCGCAACAUCUUCUUUACUGCUUUGUAACCAAAGGAUGCUUGAUACAUUUAAAACGAGAAAAUUAACUUAUUCCUGAAAA